UGUGUGCCCUGCUCUGCAGCUUGUCUGUGUUCAGAGUGAGCCUGUAGGAGCGGCCGGUUCCUCCCAGCAGCCUCAGUUCAGAGGAAAGCUUUUCUUCUCUCAGCAGCAGUGGGGACUUUGUGCCUGCACACUCCGGAUACUCAUCACAUUAAAGCCUCACUCAGAGCUGAAGAGCCAGACCAGGAGGACUCUCCCCGGGCUCGUGGAUCCCUCCCCUCACCUCUCUCUCUUUUGGGCCUUCGUUCCCUUUUUUUUUUUUUUUUCUCAUCUGUAUUUUUUCCUCCUGAAAGCAUCCACUCCUGACUCUCUCCCUGUGGCGCACUCGGGUUUCUGAAGCUGACAUGGUAGAUUAUCACGCAGCUAAUAACCAAUCCUCGACCGGAGGAGUGCAGACCUACAUGGAGCAAGAGAACGACUGGGACCGGGACCUCCUACUGGACCCGGCCUGGGAGAAGCAGCAGAGGAAGACCUUCACCGCCUGGUGUAACUCCCACCUGAGGAAAGCCGGCACGCAGAUCGAAAACAUCGAGGAGGACUUCAGAGAUGGACUCAAACUCAUGCUGCUGCUGGAGGUCAUCUCAGGAGAACGGUUACCCAAGCCUGAGCGAGGCAAGAUGAGGGUGCACAAGAUCAACAAUGUCAAUAAAGCUCUGGACUUCAUCGCCAGCAAGGGAGUCAAACUGGUCUCUAUCGGAGCUGAGGAAAUCGUGGAUGGAAACGCUAAGAUGACCCUGGGAAUGAUCUGGACCAUCAUCCUCCGCUUCGCCAUCCAGGACAUCUCUGUAGAAGAGACUUCUGCGAAGGAGGGUCUUCUUUUGUGGUGCCAGAGGAAGACCGCUCCCUACAAGAAUGUCAAUGUGCAGAACUUCCACAUUAGCUGGAAGGACGGCCUCGCCUUCAACGCUCUGAUCCACAGACACAGACCUGAUCUCAUCGACUACGACAGCCUCAGAAAGGACGACCCUGUGACCAAUCUGAACAAUGCCUUUGAGGUGGCUGAGAAGCACCUGGACAUCCCCAAGAUGUUGGAUGCAGAAGACAUCGUGGGUACGCUGAGGCCGGAUGAGAAGGCCAUUAUGACCUAUGUGUCCUGCUUCUAUCACGCCUUCUCUGGCGCACAGAAGGCCGAGACAGCCGCUAAUCGUAUCUGCAAAGUGCUGGCUGUCAACCAGGAGAACGAGCAAAUGAUGGAGGACUACGAGAAACUGGCCAGCGAGCUGCUGGAGUGGAUCCGUCGUACCAUCCCCUGGCUGCAGGACAGAACCCAGGAGAAGACCAUGAACAAGAUGCAGGCCAAACAGGAGGACUUCAGAGACUACCGCCGCGUCCACAAACCACCUAAGGUCCAGGAGAAAUGUCAGCUGGAAAUCAGCUUCAACACUCUGCAGACCAAACUGAGACUCAGCAACAGACCUGCCUUCAUGCCGUCAGAGGGACGCAUGGUGUCUGAUAUCAACGGAGCGUGGCACACUCUGGAGGGAGCAGAGAAAGGCUACGAGGAGUGGAUCCUCAGCGAGAUCAGACGUCUGGAGAGACUGGAGCACUUGGCCGAGAAAUUCCACCAGAAAGCUGCCAUCCACGAAUCCUGGACCGAUGGUAAGGAGGCCAUGCUGACCCAGAAAGACUACGAGACCUCCACCCUCUCAGAAGUGAAGGCGUUGCUACGAAAACACGAGGCCUUUGAGAGUGACCUGGCAGCUCACCAGGACCGAGUGGAGCAGAUCGCUGCCAUCGCACAGGAGCUCAAUGAGCUGGACUACUACGACUCAGCCAGCGUCAACACUCGCUGUCAGAAGAUCUGUGAUCAGUGGGACCUACUGGGAGGCCUCACCCAGAGCCGCAAAGAGUCACUGGAGAGGACAGAGAAGCAGCUGGAGUCGAUAGAUGAGCUUUAUCUGGAGUACGCCAAGAGAGCAGCGCCCUUCAACAACUGGAUGGAGGGAGCGAUGGAGGACCUGCAGGACAUGUUCAUCGUCCACAACAUCGAGGAGAUCCAGGGUCUGAUCACAGCCCACGAGCAGUUUAAAUCCACCCUGCCAGAGGCCAACAAGGAGCGGGAGGCCAUCCAGGCCAUCCAGGCCGAAGUGCAGAAGAUCGCCCAGAGCAACGGCAUCAAGCUGAGCGGAGCAAACCCCUACACCACCAUCACACCCGAGAGCAUCGACAACAAAUGGGAAAAGGCGAUGGGCAUGGUGCCGCAGCGUGACCAAGCUCUGCAGGGAGAGCUCAACAAGCAGAGGAACAACGACAGCCUGAGAGCCAAGUUUGCCACUCAGGCCAACACGGUCGGCGCCUACAUCCAAGACAAGAUGGAGGAAAUUGGCAGGAUAUCUAUCGAGAUGAACGGCACUCUGGAGGACCAGCUGACCAGCCUGAAGGAGUACCAGGAGACCAUCAUGUCCUACAUGCCUGAGAUCAACACGCUGGAGGGAUACCACCAGCACAUCCAGGAGGCCCUCAUCUUCGACAACCAGUACACCCCCUACACAAUGGAGCACCUCCGUGUGGGCUGGGAGCAGCUUCUGACCACCAUCGCUAGAACCAUCAACGAGGUGGAGAACCAGAUCCUGACGCGAGACGCCAAGGGCAUCAGCCAGGAGCAGCUCUUCGAGUACCGCGCCUCCUUCAACCACUUCGACAAGGACCACAGCGGGGCCCUGCAGGCCGAGGAGUUCAAAGCCUGUUUGAUCAGUCUGGGCUACGAUGUGGAGAACGACAAGCAGGGCGACACUGAGUUUGCUCGCAUCAUGGGCAUAGUCGACCCUAACGGCAGCGGUGCGGUGACCUUCCAGGCCUUCAUCGACUACAUGUCGAGGGAAACAACCGACACGGACACCGCAGACCAAGUCAUCGCCUCCUUUAAGAUCCUGGCUGCUGAUAAGAACUUCAUCACGGCCGAUGAGCUGAGGAGGGAGCUCCCGCCCGACCAGGCAGAGUACUGCAUCGCCCGCAUGGCGCCCUACACCGGGCCCGACGCUGUCCCCGGAGCCCUGGACUACAUGUCCUUCUCCACCGCCCUGUAUGGAGAGAGCGACCUGUAGAGGAGGAAGAGGAAGAGGAGGGCUGGACAGACAAGGGAGGGAGGGAGAAGAGGAAGUUGGGAGGGGAGGGAGAGGGUCUUUCUGUGCGCAGAGGAGACGCCAGGAAUGGAACGUUUGGAAGAAUUUGAGUGGUUGUGAGGUGCCCCUGCGUGUGUGCCGGUUUAGAGAUCAUCAGACAUGUUUCCGACUCUGAGAUGUGGAUUGGACUGUAGUUUGGUUUUGGCUCUGCAGGAUGUUUUCAGCUGGAGGGAUUAAGGUCAAUUUUUCACAAAGGUUUAUACGAACGGGCUUCUCCAGGGGCAGCUGUGGGACGAGGGGGACAGACGUCUGUAGUGCGGGUCCUUAGCUUCACCCUGUCUGCCUUCAUGGGGUCAACAGGGGAAGGACGGGGGUUAGAACCGGGGAGGGGGGAGGGGCACAAGCUAAUCUGAUACUUAUGCUAAUUUCUGUUUAUUUUAUUAUAAUUUUUUCUUCUUGCCAGGUGGGGUUGAGGGCGUGCAGCGGGGCGGGGCAGCGUGGGGUUUGACGUGGCGACUGGCGAGGUUUGUGUAUUAGAAUCUAGAGAGAUUUAUGCUGCGGGUCAGGGGUCAGGAUGUCGGGAGGGAGGGAGGGAGGGAGGGAGGGGUGUUGACCAACCAGAGAUAAAAUGACAUAUUUACCCAUAAUUCCCAUGUUGCUGGAUAAGGUGACCUGUCUAACCUCAGCUCUUUUCCUCCUCCUGUCUUUGUUUAUUCCUUUUGUUUUCUGAAGCAGGUAGGUGUGGUGGGGACGGGGUCGGUGGUAGGUGUGGGCGGGAGGGGGGCGGGGCUCGGCGCUGUACAUACUUUUUUUUUUUCUCAGUGCGAAGAACGACACACACACACGGUCCCAGGUGUUGGAAAUGAUCAACCCAGGCUUUCCAGUAGAGCAAAGUAGAGACAUUUAUUAGUAAAAUAAAUAAAGGAGAAAACAGAAAAAUAGUGACACACUUCGCAGUUUCUACAGUGGAUAGGUUUGAGCUUCCAGACGUUGUUUUGAGUUUUAUUUCUCAUGUAGAAAUUAAAAAAAAUUCACCUUAACAAAAAGCUGUUGGCCAUGAAGUCAAAGAUAGUAUACCUUCCUCUGUAUAAAUCCCAUGACAGGCAUUAUGAUCACAAAUAUUUACCUCUGUGAAACGUUUCCUUCUGCAUUGGGCGUCAGGUGCUUAUUUAAAUACAAAACAUAAACAUUUAUAUGAUAGUCUAGAGUGUAAAAAAUCAGAUUUAGGCAAGUUUUAUAUUCCAGAAACUGCACACACUUAUAGAAAUACAGUAUAUCAGUGUCAUGGAUGAUUUUGAUUGGCCGAAUGAAAGGUCUUCCUGGAUUUAUAGGGAGCUCCUGAUGUGACCUCUGGAAAAGUGACGAAGAUAAACGUGCCUGUUGGUUUCUACAGCCCUGUCCCUCUCUCUCUCUCUGUCUUAACUUUCUCCCUACCUCACUCUCCAACUCUCUCCCUCCCUUCCUUCUCUCCCCCGCCCCUCCACCCCCUCAUUUAUCUCUGAAGAAAAGGGAAAGAAAAUUUACUGAGGAAAGAGGGAGGGGAAAGAUCAGGGAGGGGUCUGUAUGUAAACAUUCCAUAUGUGCAAAUAAAAAAUAUCAAAAAGGAAAAUUGUUAUGUAAAAAAAAAAAACUAUGCAAUCAUGAUGUGUUCAAUAUCUGAGUUCUUGGGGAAGCUGUGGGCAUCAAUCUGAGGAGGUCUCCUGUCUAAAUUAAACAGAGGAUAUCAGGUUUCUGCAGUGUUUGUGGGCUGUUAGAGGGUGAGGAGGGGGAGACAGAGGGAGGAACAGACAGGGAAGGAACUGAGAAGAAAAGACUUGGACCAAAAGCUUGUUUCUUUUUUCUUUCUCUUUUUUUCCCUGCGAGGUUGGAGAGAAACGAACUCUGGAAUUGUGAUUUUCCUUUUUUUGUACUCUUUAAUAUCAAACCUUAUCUGCUGUACUGGAAACUGCAACGCCUUCUGUCUCUAAUGAUAAGUGAGUUUCACAAAGCACACAUAAAAAGUUUCCUUACAAAAUA